AUGAGUAUUGCUACUCAAUCCACGUACUUGACACGGAUCACAAUGAAGUCGUCAAGCAUGAACAUUUGGUCAUGUGGAUGUGUGUUCGGAGAACUCCUGAAAGGCGGUAUUUUUUUGGCAGGAAAGUCAGCUAUCAAUCAGGCAGAAGUCAUUUUUGAUGCUCUGGGUAUUCCAACAAAAGAUGAAUUGAGCAUGAUGAGAGUUAGCAGCACAAAAUACAGAGAGAUUGUUCAAAUGUAUGAACCUGAUCCACUGAGAAAAACUGCGGAUUUCAACUGGCUCUACGAACAGAAUUCGUCGAAUCAAAGAGAAAGACGGACUACUGUAUUCAAUGAUAAAAUUGAUUCAUCUGACAUGAAACAGGCCACCGAACUUCUUCGUCUCAUACUGGUGUACAACCCAAAGCAACGAUUGGCAGGACUAGAUUUGCUCACCAAUCCAUAUUUUUCUGAUCUGCUCAAAAGCAGCACUCUCCGCUUUAAUCGCCAAGUAAUUGGCUGUUUGACAAGGAAUGAUUUGAAAGAAGUGGAAAAGGGAGAUACGUCAAUGACAAACGAAACGACUGAAUGA